ACUUAACACAGAGGCAAACCCACCACUAUCGAGAAAAACCCUAAUAAGAGGCUAAGGGCUUAAGAUUUUCCUUUGCGCCGCUCUCUUCCCUUAGUCUCUCCGGUUAGCCUCACAGCCAAAGGGUAAGCCAUGGUUAAGCAUAACAAUGUUAUACCGAAUGGCCAUUUCAAGAAGCAUUGGCAGAGCUAUGUGAAAACAUGGUUCAAUCAGCCCGCAAGAAAGACCAGAAGAAGAAUCGCAAGGCAAAAGAAGGCUGUAAGGAUCUUCCCGAGGCCAACUUCUGGACCACUACGUCCCAUUGUCCAUGGCCAGACUUUGAAGUACAACAUGAAGUUGAGAGCUGGAAAGGGUUUCACUCUUGAAGAGCUUAAAGCUGCUGGUAUUUCAAAGAAGCUUGCGCCCACCAUUGGUAUUGCAGUUGAUCACCGUCGUAAGAACCGAUCUCUUGAAGGUCUUCAAGCCAAUGUUCAGAGGCUCAAGACUUUCAAGGCCAAGCUUGUCGUCUUCCCGAGACGUGCUCGCAAGUUUAAGGCUGGUGAUUCUACUGCCGAGGAGCUUGCAACUGCAACCCAAUUCCAUGGAUCAUACAUGCCUAUUUCUCGUGAGAAGCCUUCUGUUGAGCUGGUGAAGGUCACAGAUGAGAUGAAGUCGUUCAAGGCCUACAACAAGCUUCGUGUUGAACGAAUGAAUGAGCGCCAUAUUGGUGCCAGAUUGAAGAAGGCAGCCGAGGCUGAGAAGGAAGACAAGAAGUGAGGAUGUUCUUAGAGGGGUAUCUUCAGCUAUUUGAUUUGGUAAAAGCUUUUAUUUCCCCAUAUUUUCAGAUGAGUUUUAAAGCAGCUUUAGGUACUACAUUUGUAAGCCAUAUUUUGAGCAUUUAAUUAAUGACCUGAGAUGCGAGAACUGCCGUUUAUCCCUACUCUUUU